UCUUCUUCUUCCUUAUCUCUCGGAAAAGCCAAAGAAGAAGUAAGGGAUGGAUCGUGUGGUCUUCUUCUUCCUCAUCGCAGCCGCGUUACUAGCAGUUUCUCUCGGAUCCGGCGAAGGUUUGGAUAAUCCGAUCAGGCAAGUCGUCCCUGAGGAGAACGAUGAACUCCUCAACGCAGAGCAUCACUUCUCUCUGUUCAAAUCCAAGUACCAGAAGACUUACGCUACUCAGCAAGAGCACGAUCAUCGCCUCCGUGUGUUCAAGGCUAACCUAAGGCGAGCUAGACGUAACCAGCUUCUGGAUCCGUCUGCUGUUCACGGCGUCACGCAGUUCUCAGAUCUUACUCCCAAGGAGUUCAGCCGCCAGUUGAUGGGGCUGAAACGCCGCAAGUUUCGUCUUCCUACUGACACUGAGACGGCGCCGAUUCUUCCGACUACCGAUCUCCCCACGGAGUUCGAUUGGCGUGAACAAGGAGCCGUCACUCCUGUUAAAAACCAGGGUAUGUGUGGUUCAUGCUGGUCGUUUAGUGCCACUGGAGCUCUUGAAGGAGCUCAUUUUCUAGCGACUAAAGAGCUUGUUAGCCUCAGUGAGCAGCAGCUUAUAGAUUGUGACCAUGAGGUUUGUUUCCAUUAUCAAUCGUUGGUUUCCCAUUUGAUGUGUUUUGGUGAAGUGGUUGUCCACCUUUCGCUAGCUAUCAGUUGCAAAAGACAGACGCUUGUGCUCAUAAGCUAA